AUGUCAGCUCGAUCCGGGAUCAAGUCAAUGGCACCCAGCGACAAGGGCAGUAGAACGACAUCAAGUAAGUCCACACAGGCAAGAGCCAAGGCAGAAGCCGCCAAGGUGCGACUGCGUUACUCCAAACAAGAAGCAGUUUUGAAAAUGAAACAGGCCACCAGAGAAGCCGAAAUCCAGAAAGAAAGGGCCGCCAGACAAAGAGAAGAGGCUGCCAGAGAAGCCGAAAUCCAGAAAGAAAGGGCCGCCAGACAAAGAGAAGAGGCUGCCAGAGAAGCCGAAAGGGCCGUCAGACAAAGAGAAGAGGCUGCCAGAGAAGCCGAAAUCCAGAAAGAAAAGGCUGCCAGAGAAGCCGAAGCGGCCGCCCGAGAAGCCGAAAUCCAGAAAGAAAAGGCUGUCAGAGAAGCCGAAGCGGCCGCCCGAGAAGCCGAAAUCCAGAAAGAAAAGUCUGCCAGAGAAGUCGAAGCGGCCGCCCGAGAAACCGAAAUCCAGUUGGAAAUGGCAAAAAUAUCGACAGAGUUGCAAGUGCUGCAGCUAGAAAGAGAAGAAGAAGCUGCCAUGGCGGAAGCAAAGUACAUAGAAGAAGCUGAAGGGUCGCGUGAUCUGACCGCAGUAAGAUCUACUUUAGAAAGGACCAGACUGGAACGCACAAGCAACUAUGUACAAUAUCAAAUAGACAGGCAGGCUCGUCUCCCCUCUCCAUACGUAUUCGAUAACUUCCCCAGCUACGAGGAACCUCAGAGAGUCACGAUUGCAUCACAUCCAUACGAGGAAGGAAAUUUACCCUCACGGCUCCGUGAUGAAGUCAAGAAUGAAAGAACUGACAACGCUCCUUCACCCCCACAACAGGACAGCGGGGAGGGAGAGGUUCACUCCAGGACAACAAUUGUCAGCUCGAACUGUACAGAAGUUUGCGGUCAAACUCAGUCAAGCCGUUCUUGUUCCAAGAUCUGCCUCACUGAGGUGUACCCUAAAGAAGCACAACAAGACAUUACGAAGCGUAAAGUAACCGACGAGACGCUAGGUCAGUCAGUUUUCGUUCAAACCGAGCACGGAAACAAACUUGCACAAUCAGCUCAAGAUACCAUUUCUUUAAAACCCAAAGACACCAAGGUCUUCAGAGAUGAAGCAAAUAAUGGGGUUGCCCCAUUGCCUUUCAGAGAACCACGCCAGCGCUCACCAGAUAACAAAGAGCAAGCAGUGAAACGGUUCACGUCCUUACGGAAAACCCGGAAAAGGAAACCUGAGAUGCAGCAACGCACCCGAUUGGCCCACGAGGUACUGUGCACCCUAAUGGCAGAGGUCACAGCCAUUAUAAACGCACAAUCAUUCCUACCUGUGUCAUCUGACCCAGAAAACCCCUUUAUACUUUCGCCAUCAACGCUCCUUACGCAGAAGGCAGGAGCACCUCCUCCACCAGGAGACUUUUCAGACAAGGAUUUGUACACAAAGCAAUGGAGCAGUUUUCACCAUAUGUUAAUGUGAAGAGUGAACAGUAAAUGGUUAAUCUUACUGCGAUCUGGUUCUCAUUGACUGUGGUUUAUCUUGACGUUGAAUUCGACGUUAUCAG